AUGGGGGACAGGGAUGGUGGGACGGGGGACAGGGAUGGGGGAAUUGGGGAAAGGGAUGGGGACGGGGGGACAGGGCCGGGACGGGGGGACAGGAACGGGGGGACAGGAACGGGACGGGGGGACGGGGGUACAGGGACAGGGGGGACGGGGGGACAGGAAAAGAGGAACAGGAACGGGGAUGGGGGACGGGGUACAGGGACGGGGACGGGGGACGGGGUACAGGGACGGGGACGGGGGACAGGAACGGGGGACGGGGGACAGGAACGGGGACGGGGGGUGACAGGGGGCGGACAGGAACGGGACGGGGACAGGAACGGGACGGGGGACAGGGACGGGGAACGGAGACGGGGGGACAGGGACGGGGACUGGGGACAGGGGGAGGACAGGAACGGGGACGGGGGACAGGAAUGGGGACGGGGACAGGGACGGGGGACAGGAACGGGGACGGGGGACAGGGAUGGGGGUCGGAGACGGGGAGCAGGGACGGGGGACGAGGAUGGGGGGCUUUAA